CAAGCCUCAAUCGAGAGAAACGGAAACACUGAACCUCUCUGCCCACUAGGGGGCGACAACGCAACUGUUGAAUGCCCGUUCCAACUGUCCCUACAGGCGAAGAAAAACUUACGUGAUGACGUAGCAGAGUGACGUAGAGAACUAAACAGGGGUCCUGCUUCAGCUUAAAGUUCGGCUGGUAACAUUUCUUUUGGUCACAGAGGGCCACGCGGCGACAUGAAGCCUCCACCCCGCAAGCGAGGAAAACCGAACCGGCCCACGCCGACCGAAGGACCGAGGAAGCCGCCACGCCGGUGGAACAAGACGGAGGAGAAGACGCUGCUAAACGCCCUGCAGAAGCUCGGCAGGACCGCGUUAGCAGACGGAGACACGGACAACAUAGACUACAGCUUCCUGGGAAAACGUCUCCCAAAGCGGUCCGUCGCAGAGAUCCGCUCUGUGGUGGAUGCCCUUAAAGACAAGGCCAUCUCCAGCGCCGCCUUAAAGCUGAGGAGGAGGAAGAGGGACGAGAAGGUCGCCAGAAAGCCCAUCGAGGAGUGGGCCAACCUGGCUUCCACCCUGGCAGGAUCUCUGGAAGGAACCGUAGACGCUGCUUUCUCUCAGGUCCUGAUCGUCUCCUCCACAGAGCCCUGCACUCUGAGGAACUGUGACCCGCCCAGAGACAAUAAAUCCUCCACCAGUUUCGGCCCCCCUGUUCGCAUCGUCCCUCUGAAACCCGCAUCUCGUCCACCGACUCCAGUGUUCUCCAAAUCUCCAGCACCAUCAACGGGUCCAUCCAGAACACUCCCAGCACCUUCUCCAACACCUCGUGUACCACAGAACGUUGUCCGUCCACCUCAGGAGAAGCCUGGAACUCCCUCUCCCACCACACCUGACCCGCCUGCUUCGCCCAGCUCUGAGAUCCAGACCGGCCCGCCGCCAUCGCCGGACAUUCCCUCAGCUUCUACGUCCGCCCUCGCCCAGCCCUCCUCCUCCGACGCCGGGUCUGAACAAAAAGCACCCAAUCCUCAAAGGGUGAUGGAGGUGAAGCAGAUUGUGGACUUUGAGAGGAUCUACAAAUUCCUGAGCGUGGUCCACAAGCCUGAAGAGGAAUCUCGCCUCACCUCCAUGGAGAGCGCCAUCGUGUUGGACCUGUUGAUGUCCCUCCCAGACGAGCUGCCUCUGCUGGACUGCAAUGGCCUCCACAACCACAUGAUGAAGAUGUAUUCGUGUCUGACGGCGUCGGCCGACUCUGUGGCCGCCACACAGCUGCUGAGUGAACUGAAGGACGGCGGCGGCGGUCAGACAGGGGAGCAGAGGGACGAGGCCUCCAGCGGGACGGCGGCAGAGGAGGUCCAGCCGCCAGCGGGGAGCUCCUCCAGCCAAUCGCAGGACUCUAACCAGUGCAAAACUGUCCCCCCCCUCAACCCCUUCAUGGUGCCGCUCAGUCUGUUGGUGCGUAAAGCAGAAAAUACUGACGGAGAAAGGUUUUAAGGUCCAGUUUGAGGAUUUCAGGUAUUUAAGAAUGUCGUAGACUUAAACCACCUUCCAGCGGAUCCCUCAGUGUCCCAGUUCCAGGUUUGACUGUGAUUGUUUACACGUUUAAUAAUGAAUAAAAGUACAGAACAAUGUGAAGUUUUUUGUUAAGAGGUUUCCACAAGAAAGACAGAUUGUUCCAGAGUAUUUAUUGAUGUCUUGACCAUAUGUAUCAUUUAGAGAAGUGGUUUGUAUUUUUUUAAUAAACAUGUUUUUUUGCUGUGGCCAAA